AUUUGCAUGGGGGUUUUUUGUUUUGUUUUGAAUCCCAAUUUUCUUUAUUUCUGCUGAAAUUUCUAAUUAUAACUCAAAAACACUGGAUCAUUUUUAGCCUUCAAACUAAUGUUGAAUAAACGUUUCCCCGCAUUUCCCUUUUCCUUCUUGAACAGCUGAAAUCUUGGAUUUUAACACACUUCUCCGUUUUUCAGGAAUUUCUCUUCCUCUCCAGAAGUCUCCCAGUCGCUGCUGCAGGUCUCUGUGUUUGUGCUCGGUCACGAAGGGAGGAACGGCGUAGGAGGGGCUUACGAGCUCACUCUCGGCAACGGAUUGGCUGAACUCGACGUCACUCGGGCCCGCGGAGAGCGCUGAUUGGUUGGCACUCGGCGAAGCUGCAGGUGUCCUGUGCUCUUAGAGAGGCAGGCUUAGGAGAAGGAUCUGUUUUUUGGAGGCUUCAGCGCUCAGGCAAGCUGCAUUACCGGGGAGACUCGCGCGCGAUCUGGGCCGAACCGGGGCGACCCGCGCCUGCCUCUAGCAUGAUGUCAUACCUCAAACAGCCCCCUUAUGCCAUGAACGGCCUGGGGCUGAGCGGAGCCGCCAUGGACCUGCUGCAUCCCUCCGUCGGCUAUCCAGCAGCAACGCCGCGGAAGCAGCGGAGAGAGAGGACCACCUUCACGCGCUCACAGCUCGAUGUCCUCGAAGCUCUUUUCGCCAAAACACGUUACCCGGAUAUAUUCAUGCGCGAGGAAGUGGCCCUAAAAAUCAAUUUACCCGAAUCCAGAGUGCAGGUGUGGUUUAAGAACCGCCGGGCAAAGUGUCGUCAACAGCAGCAGAGUGGCAACAGCAACACGAAAGCUCGGCCAGUGAAGAAAAAAUCUUCUCCCACUAGAGAAAGCACAGGCUCUGAGAGCAGCGGUCAGUUCACACCACCAGCUGUCUCCAGCGCCGGCUCGGCUUCCUCUUCCACCUCCUCCUCUUCCUCCUCCCUGACCAACAACAGCAUGUCUACCUCAAUCGGCACGGUCUCGUCCAUCUGGAGCCCAGCCAUGUCUCCAGGUUCGGCACCUCCUCCCUCCUCGUCUCUCUCGGAGCCCGUCCCGCCCUCCAGCGCCUCCUGCAUGCAGCGCUCCAUCUCUGGUUCAGCCUCUUCCACCUCCUCUUCCUCUUACCCCAUGUCCUACAACCAAACGGCGGCGUACGGCCAAAGCUACCCCACACCAUCCGGAUCCUACUUCAGUGGCGUGGACUGCAGCUCCUACCUGACACCCAUGCACUCGCACCACCACCCUCACCAGCUGAGCCCCAUGACACCAUCUUCCAUGCCCACACACCCCCACCACCACAUCAGCCAAUCUUCAGGUCACCACCAUCACCACCACCACCAUCACCAGGCGUACAGCGGCGCUGGCCUGACCUUCAACACCUCCGACUGCCUGGAUUACAAGGACCAAGCGGCAUCCUCCUGGAAGCUCAACUUCAACACGGCGGACUGUUUGGACUACAAAGACCAGGCGUCCUGGAGGUUCCAAGUCUUGUGAUCUGGUGGUGGUUAUUGUAUUUUAUUUUUUAUUUUUCUCCCCUCACUUUUUUCCCCCCAGUCACUCAAUCACAUUCUUCACUCUCACGGUUUUUAAUAGUGUGCUGAGUUUCUAUAUAUAAAUAUAUUGAAAAAAAAAAAGUUAUACGGACUUAGAGUUAACAAAAUAGAUGUUCAGCAUCAUAUUCUAAAAAAAGAAGAAGAGCCCUGUGUUUGGAGAAGAAAGAGAAACAUGCGACCAUGUGGAAGAGAGAUUUUCUUUUCAUCAAAACGAUUACAGUCGGGUUUUAAUAAGCAACCUGACUUUCAUCUCCUCAUCCCAUCCCCUCUUCAGCUCUGGAGUGAAAUAAACAUUACACAUUGCGCAAGACUGUGAACUCUGUACAGAUUUUUUUGUUUUCCUUCUUAAAUCGGUUAUUUUUAGUCUGCGAGAGAUUUUUUUGUGUUUUUAAUCAGCUUGAGCCGAGCUGCAUCUUGUACAUAGGUAUAUGGGUCCGUUCCAGUGACCACAUUUUAGCUGGCGUUGACGGAAUCUGAGAUGGUUUAUACUUUUAUGUUAAAUCUUUGUUUUUAUUUUUUUUUAUUUUUUCUCCCCCCUUCAAUUAUUUUUUUUUUGCCCCCAGAUGAAAUGAAGAAUAAACCGCGCUGCCGGACUCGUAUCAUGACAGGCUGAUCAUUUCGGUUUUGGGUUAUCCUGGAGGAAAAGGAAAAAAAAGAAAAGAUUUUUAUAUGGAGGGUGAGCCCUGCGUGUGUGGGAGAGAAAUAAUAAAAUGUAAAGGAAAAAAAAUAAACACGAGACAUAAAAUUUAGAGUAGGUGAAUUUGGGUAACAUUUCCUUCCGCUUAAUCGGAAUUUUCUUUAUUUUUCGUAAAAAAUUCAUCGGCAGCAAGCAGAAACUGGCUGAUGAUGAUGAUGAGGAUGAGAGGAAGUUUUCUUCAUCGGUCAGCACGGACGUCGGACACAUUUUCCAAGCACUUGACGGACUUGCCCCCCCCCCUUUUCCCCCCACUUUUGGAGAGAAAAUGUGGACUUUAAAGGAACAUUUUUCCCAAAAUGCCAGUGAGAUGUUGAAUGUAUUUCAGGCGCAGGCCAUUACAUUCCUGUCCGUAAUAAUAAUUAAAAUAAUAAAGAACAGUUAACUACCAACUUUUUUACACCGCCUCGUGUGUGUGUGUGUGUGUGUGCGCGCGCGCGCAGUCUUUUCGCUGUAAACUCCCACCAUAUCAUUCAUUUGCAAAUGCUCAUGUUCGGCAAAAAAAGGAAAACAUUUUGAGGAAACACAAUAGUUAUGGAGGGGUUUUUUAAUAGCUCGGCAGGCCAGACAGGAUGACAUUCGGGUUUCUU